AUGGAGCUCAGCUUCCUCCUUGUCCUUGUGCUCCUCACCGGCCUCCUCUUCUUCCUGCUCAGGGCCCGCCCGGAGGCCCGGGGCCGCCUCCCUCCAGGGCCCCUGCCUCUGCCCUUGCUGGGGAACGUUCUGCAAAUGGACAGAUAUGGGCUCCUCAAAUCUUUCCUGCAGCUUCGAGAGCAGUAUGGGGACGUGUUCACCGUGUACCUGGGACGGAGGCCGGUGGUCAUGCUUUGCGGGGUGGACGCCAUCCGGGAGGCCCUGGUGGACCAGGCCGAGGUGUUCUCUGGCCGAGGGACGAUCGCCAGCGUCCAGGCACUCUUCCAGGACUAUGGUUUGUUAUUUGCCAAUGGUGACCGCUGGAAGAUCCUUCGGCGGUUCUCGCUGGCCACCAUGAGGGAUUUUGGGAUGGGGAAGCGGAGCGUGGAGGAGCGGAUCCAGGAGGAGGCGCAGUGUUUGGUGAAGGAGCUGCGGAAAGCCAAUGGGGAGCUUUUGGACCCCACCUUCCUCUUCCAGUCCAUCACGGCCAACAUCAUCUGCUCCAUUGUCUUUGGAGAACGAUUUGACUACAAAGACAGCAACUUCCUGCACCUCCUGAACAUGUUUUAUAAGACCUUCGCGCUCAUCAGCUCCUUUUACAGCCAGGUCUUUGAGCUUUUCUCGGAUGUCAUGAAGCACUUCCCUGGGAAACACAGAGACAUCUACAGGAACCUUCAGGAAGUCAACGCUUUCAUUGCCCAGCGUGUGGAGAUGCACCGGGCAACCCUGGACCCCAGCAACCCGAGAGACUUCAUCGACACCUACCUCCUGCGAAUGGAAAAAGAGAAGUCAGACCCCCACUCUGAGUUCCACCACAAGAACCUCAUCCUCACCUUGCUCUCACUCUUCUUUGCGGGCACCGAGACUACUAGCACCACCCUGCGCUAUGGCCUCCUCAUCCUGAUGAAGUACCCCCACAUCGCAGAGAGAGUCCAAAAGGAAAUCAAGGAGGUCAUAGGCCUUCAUCGCCCACCAGCCCUUGAUGACCGCACGAAGAUGCCCUACACUGAUGCUGUCAUCCACGAGAUCCAGAGGUUCUCUGACCUCAUCCCUAUCGGGCUGCCUCAUGUGGUCACCAAGGACACAGCAUUUCGAGGAUACAUCAUCCCCAAGAACACUGAAGUCUACCCCAUCCUGAGUUCUGCUCUGCACGACCCACACUACUUUGAGAAACCAGAGGAGUUCAACCCUCAGCACUUCCUGGAUGCCAACGGGGCUCUGAAGAAGAAUGACGCUUUCAUUCCUUUUUCCAUUGGAAAGCGCAUUUGUCUCGGUGAAGGAAUCGCCCGGAAUGAAUUAUUCCUCUUCUUUACCACCAUCUUCCAGCACUUCUCCAUGGCCAGCCCCGUGGCUCCGAAGGAUAUUGACCUGACCCCCCAGGAGUCUGGCUUGGGCAGAGUGGCCCCCACCUACCAGCUCCGCUUCCUGCCCCUCUGAACAGCUGACAGAGGAGGACUCAGAGGAUUUCGAGGUCAUGAAAUGUAGGGUAGCCUCCUCCACCAUCUUGGAUGCAGACAGUCUCUCCAUAUCCUGACCAGGCCUUUCUUCUCCUCUAAAUACAAAUUGCAACGAGGGGCUGGUGGCUCACACCUGUCAUCCUAGCUA